UCUCCAAGUAUAAAGUCAAAGAAACCAAAUAAUUAAUAAAAAUGGAUUGUCAGGCAACAGGAAACCCAAAGACCGGAGAGGCAGCCGCCCGUUGUGGAGUGAUGGUGGGUGACGAUCUGGUCAAUGCUCGGGCCGGAGUAUUCGCCUCCACUCCAGGCACUGGUGGACCCGUCACCAAGGGAGUUUAUGGAGCGGUGAAUGCCAAUGGACAUGGCCUCUCGUUGCAGCAUGGUCACAUCGAGGGCAUGGGCAGCACCACCACCGCCGCAGCUCAGGCCAGUCUGCUUCAGAGCCAAAACACCUCGCUCAACGCCACCGCCUUCCACAGCCACAACCGAUCUUACGACCAGUUUGGGGGAGGACUCAAUCUGCAGACGACAGUGGGUCACCAGGCGGCUGUGGGGGUCACCCGGGUGCCGCAGUUCGAUAUGACCACCGUCCAGGGUUCUGGGAGGGCCAACCUGUACUCCUCACCCAGUGGCAACCUCAACCUCAAUGCCACCGGCAGUGCCAAUCACCACUUGAGCGGACCGAGGCGUGGCAAGACCGAUUUCGGCACUGGACUGAACUUGCGAUAUGAUUUCUAAUUUAGAAUCAUGUAAGACUAUAAGUAUCAAUAUAUAUGCCUAAUAAAAAUUGUCAAUAAAAUAAAA